ACACGCACACACCCCCCCCCCCCCCCCCCACACACACACACACACACACGCACACACCCAGUGAGACGGGAUUAUAGAUAUGUAUUUUGUGAUUUCUGCGAUGAAAGCUCAGAUCGAAAUCAUCCCCUGUAAGAUCUGUGGGGACAAAUCCUCGGGGAUCCACUAUGGGGUCAUCACCUGUGAGGGGUGCAAGGGUUUCUUCAGACGCAGUCAGCAGAGUAGCGCCUCCUACUCGUGUCCGCGUCAGAAGAACUGUCUGAUCGACCGAACGAGCCGAAACCGCUGCCAACACUGCCGUCUGCAGAAGUGUCUUACUGUGGGCAUGUCCAGAGAUGCUGUGAAGUUCGGCCGCAUGUCUAAGAAGCAGCGGGACAGUCUGUACGCCGAGGUUCAGAAGCACCGCCUGCAGCAGCAGCAGCAGCAGCAGCAGCAGCAGGCCCCCCCCCUGCUCCUGACCCUCCCCAGCACCCCGAGCCCAGGGGAGGCCGAGCCGCUGUCCCCCCUCUACAGCCCCUCUGGCGCCGGCCUCACCGAGCUGCAGGACGAAGCUGGAGGGGGAUACAUUGAGCAAAACUCCCCCGAAGGAGGAUCAGUGUCGUCAAAGGCAGACUCAGGAGGAGGAGGAGGAGGAGGAGGAGGAGGAGAGGCUCGGGGUUUCUACCUGGACAUCCAGCCGUCCCCGGACCAGUCAGGCCUCGACAUUAACGGCAUCAAACCGGAGCCGCUGAGCGACCUCAGCUCUAGCAGCGGCCUCCUCCCGUACUGCUCCCUCAGCGACGGAGGCGCCCCCCCCCUCUCCCUGGCUGACCUGGAUCAGCUGGCUCAGGUGACCUCCAAGUCUCACCUGGAGACGUGUCAGUACCUGAGGGAGGAGCUGCAGGCCAUGAGCUGGGACACGUUCCCGCAGGAGGAGGUGCAGAGCUACCAGAGCAAGCCACGGGAGGAGAUGUGGCAGCUGUGCGCCGUAAAGAUCACGGAGGCAAUCCAGUACGUGGUGGAGUUCGCCAAGCGCAUCGACGGCUUCAUGGAGCUCUGUCAGAACGACCAGAUCGUGCUGCUGAAAGCUGGCUCUCUGGAGGUGGUGCUGGUGCGGAUGUGUCGCCUCUUUGACUCGCAGAACAACAGCGUCUUCUUCGACGGGAAGUUCGCAGGUCCGGACGUCUUCAGAGCUUUAGGUUGUGAUGACUUGAUAUCCUCAGUGUUUGACUUCGCUAAGAGCAUGUGCUCGCUGCAUCUGUCUGAGGACGAGCUCGCUCUCUUCUCAGCCUUCAUCCUGCUCUCUGCAGACCGCUCGUGGCUGCAGGACAAGCUGCAGGUGGAGAAGCUGCAGCAGAAGACGGAGCUCGCCCUGAAACACGUGCUGCAGAAAAACCAGAGGGAGGACGGAGCCCUGAGCAAGCUCAGAUGCAAGGUGUCAGCGUUGCGUUCGCUGUGCGGUCGUCACUCGGAGAACCUUUCGGCGUUCAGAGCCGUUUACCCUGACACCGUGCGGACUCACUUCCCCCCACUGUACCGGGAACUGUUCGGAGCCGACAUGGAGCUCAACUUGCAUCCCAGCGACCACUGAGACAGGGAGGAGACAAGGGAGGAAACCAGGAGGGAAUGUUCUGCUCAAACAACUCGACUUUUCUCUCUCUUUUGUUUAUAGUUUCUGCCGUGAUGUCACCGGAGCGUUACUGAAAGCUGAAAUAUGUUCUACUGGACGCACCGCUCUUUGUCGUUGUUCCCUCCUCCCUGGAUCUGGACUCUCCUCAGACAUUGAAAGACUCCUUCAGUGUGGCCACUGCUUCUGUUCGUCCGACACCACGUCACCUCUUUUUUAUCCUCACGUCUGAGCAUCUCAACCGUGUCACAGAAAACACUUCUACAUCUCGUCGAGCGGCAGUUUGUCCUCGGAGCUCAUCAGGGUUUUUGUAAAAGGUUCCUGUUUCUAACUCUCAACGGUGGUUUGUCUUUUAUACGUCCUUAAGGCUGCACUAUUAUUUAUGAAACCGUUUUAGACACAUUUCUCAAAAGUCAAACUUACAGAUUUGCUGUCUUUGGAAACUCUUCCAGCACUAUAUUUAAAAAAAGUUGUAAAGUAAAUAAAGAGUUACUGCAUCAACGUUUAA